GGGUAGUAGUGGUCGUUGGGUAGCAUCCAUCCGCUACGCGCGAGAAUAUACUGUGGACCGUCAGAAGCACAAGUGAGCAACUUUAAACUUCAGAAAAGAUCAUUUAACGUCAUGGACGUAAGGCUGCAUCUGAAGCAAAUUGCUUUUUUGUCUUUUAUCUGCAUUUUCCUGACGCCUUGUGGAUUAGCUUGUGGUCCUGGUAGAGGUUAUGGAAAACGAAGACACCCAAAGAAAUUAACCCCGUUGGUUUACAAGCAAUUCAUUCCCAACGUUGCCGAGAAAACCCUUGGGGCGAGCGGCAAAUACGAAGGCAAAAUUACAAGGAAUUCUGAGAGAUUUAAGGAAUUGAUUCCCAACUAUAAUCCUGACAUCAUCUUCAAAGACGAGGAAAACACAAAUGCUGACAGACUGAUGACACAGCGCUGUAAGGACAAGCUGAAUUCGUUGGCGAUAUCCGUCAUGAACCAGUGGCCCGGUGUGAAAUUGCGCGUCACGGAGGGCUGGGAUGAGGACGGUCACCAUUUCGAUGAAUCUUUGCACUACGAGGGACGGGCGGUGGACAUAACUACCUCAGACAGGGAUAAGAGCAAGUAUGGGAUGCUGUCCAGGCUUGCGGUGGAGGCUGGAUUUGACUGGGUCUAUUACGAGUCCAAAGCCCACAUACAUUGCUCUGUCAAAGCAGAAAAUUCAGUCGCUGCUAAAUCAGGGGGAUGCUUUGCUGGAGCUGGCACGGUGACACUCGCCGAUGGGAGGAGGAAACGUAUCGAAGAUCUCCAAGUGGGAGACCGGGUUAUGGCUGCGGACGAUACGGGAAAUAUCGUAUUCAGCGACUUUAUAAUGUUCAUGGACCACGACCCGACAACCACAAGGCAAUUCCUCGUCAUCGAGACGUCGAACCCCUCUAUAAAGCUCACCCUCACAGCAGCGCACCUGGUCUUCAUUGUAAACGGUUCGGCUGUUUCGGGUAUGAGAGCGACAUUUGCCAGCAACGUGAAGCCUGGAGAUAAAGUUCUAGUUUCUGAAGGCACACACGAGACUCUUAAGAGCGUCACGGUGAAGAGGAUUUACACUGAAGAGUACCAGGGCUCUUACGCGCCCGUCACCGCGCACGGAACCAUUCUUGUGGAUCAGAUGCUGGUGUCUUGCUACGCGGUUAUUGAAAACCACAGAUGGGCGCAUUGGGCUUUCGCACCGGUCCGAUUAAGUCACAGCUUGAUGACGUGGCUUUUUCCGGCUCGUGCUUCAAACGUCACCUUGCAGGAGGACGGCGUCCACUGGUACUCAAACGCGCUCGUUCACAUCGGCUCUUGGCUGCUGGACAGAGACUCUUUCCAUCCCCUUGGGAUUUCACACUUGAGCUGAGACUGCAGCUACAGUAGCCUAUCACAUCAAAUGAACAGACUCUGAUGUAUCUUUAUUUUCUGUAAGAGAAGCUUUAAAGGGUUCAUUGAAUAAUUUAUUUGUAUUUGUAUCAUUAAGUCUCUGGAAAUGUUACACUUAUUCAAGCAUGACGUGACCGUUUUUGCGCAUUUGGGUAAACCUACGAGAGAUUAUAUGUAGGUAAAAUAGGCUUACGUUUAGAGAAAGCACUGAGUUUACAGUGCUGUGCGAUGUGCAACUGACUGGUCUAUUUUAUUGGAUAAGCAUAGGAUGGCGCUCAAAAAUUAUAUUUUUAUACACAGAUUUGUAUAUUAGAUUUUUGACGGAUCUAAAGUAUUUCCAGAAGUGUAUUUCGUUAUUUGAAAUAGUUAAAAGUACGGAAGCGUGUUAAGUUUAUUUAAAAAGUCGCGAUGACUCGACGAACUGUUCAUGUCAUUUGUGUCAAGUGUCAUUGUUUCAACGUUUGUGUUUGCUACACUAACAGUUUUUGUUUAAGCGUACCUUUCUUGACAAAAGUACUCAAAAUAAAUUCAUGGUACGGCAAAAGUGCCCAAACUUUGAUUUCCCUUCGACCUUUUUACGAAUCAAAAUUAAGCAUUAAAUCAGAUUCACUAAACCCGUGUUUAUAUUUUUAAAGUUUUAUUUCAAGGUUUCACUCCAUAUAGAGCAGUUCAAAUGCC